AUGACAAUGUUCAGCCUAUCUUCUAUAUCAAAACGAUUAUUUUCUCACAAAUUACAUUCAAUUUAUCUAACCGGAUUUCUUCUUCUCUCGAUCGGUGGUUAUUUACCUAGUGCGUACAGUUAUGCACUAUUCAGUAGUUAUGGUAUCGAUCGCGCGACAAUCGAACUCUUCUUUGUCUAUUGUUUCGUUGCUUCGUUAUUUGUUGGCACAUUUGUUGCUUCUCUAGCGGAUCGUUUUGGACGACGACUUGCGUGUCUGUCAUGCAGUUUCUUCUACGGGUUGUAUCAUGUCGCAUGUCAUUUUCCUUCGAAACAAAGUUUAAUUAUUGGACAUAUUUUUCGCGGAAUAGGCGAUGCACUGUAUGCUACAGCAUUCGAAGCGUGGCUGAUGCAAGAACAUAAACAACGGAAUUUAAAUGAUCAACAUCUUGAAUACACAUUGAAUAAUGCAAAUAUUUAUCUUAAUAUCGCCACUAUUGGAACAGGUUUUCUUGCACAACUGCUUGCAAAGUCGUAUGGUUACAUUGCUCCAUUUACUGUUGGCGUUGGAUUUUUCAUGAUUACAUUCAUUUUUAUCGUUUGCCAUUGGUCAGAGAAUUACGGACGAGAAAAAAGUCAUAUGCAUGCGUCGUUCAUCUCUGCAAUGAAGAUUUUACGAGCAGACACUCGCAUUUUACUUUGUGGACUAUGUAAUGCACUGUUUUCCGCCUCGUCAUACAUUUGGUUAAUCGAAUGGGCGCCGACGUUAGAAGCAGCAACUAACCUGACCAUAUCGAAACCAUUACCAUUGGGAUACAUAUAUUCCGGCUAUUUGUCGUCACGAUUGUUUGGAGCGUGUAUGUCUGGUCCACUGUUAAAACGGUUUCGGCCACAAAUGCUUCUAUCAAUACUUUAUCUGAUCGCUGCCCUAGCCUUGAGUAUACCGAUUAUCAUGCCAGAUGAACAAAUCAUUGUGCUAUUCGGUUUUGUUGUCUUUCAAAUCUGUAUUGGAACAUUCUGGCCGGCCAUUGCAUUGUUGCGAAGUGAAUAUAUUCCAAAUGAAUUACGUUCGACGUUGAUGAAUUAUUUACGUGUGCCUCAACUUUUGCUAAUGCUUAUUGUUUUACUCGGACAUUUCUCAUUAUCAACAGUGUUUACACUUUGUGUAUCGAUGCUUUUUGUAGCGAUGUUUAUCAUGCUGCUAUUGCGAAAACUUUAA